UACGGACUCGGGGCACCCGCGGCCUCCCCCUCAAACACACGACCACGACCAGUCGACCACCACGUCCUCCUCCCCCCCUCCUCCCUCCUCCGGUUGCCUCUCCGGCCUCGCCACCGCCAUCGCCUUCGCCUCCCCGCCUCCCAACCGCCCCACGUUGCGGGGAGACAGCUCGCCGCGGGCGGCGAUCAUGGCGGCGGCGGAGGUGUACUCGCCGACGGCGGCGGCGGCGGCGCAGCAGCAGCAGCGGGGGAAGGUGGCGGCGCAGGCGUGGCAGGCGGUGGUGGGGUGGAUCGGGUUCCUCCUCCAGGUCCUGCUCCAGAUCCUCCGGGGCACCCCAUCCUGCGCCCAGCUCCUCUCCUUCGUCGGGUUCCGCUACCCGCUCCUCUCCGGGCCGGCCGACUCCGAGCAGUCGCCGUCGGUGGCCUUCAUGCCGCUCCGCUCCGAGAUCCCGGCCGACACGGCCCCUGCGCCGACGCCCCCGCCGGAAUCCCUGCAGCGCCUCACGGUUGUGCUUGAUUUGGAUGAAACUUUAGUUUCUGCAUAUGAAUCAUCCAGUCUUCCAGCUAUUGUACGCACCCAAGCUGUUGAAGCUGGAUUACAUUGCUUUGACAUGGAGUGCAUAUCCACUGAGAAGGAUGUUGAAGGGAGAAACAAAGUGAAUCAUGUCACCGUUUUUGAACGUCCUGGUUUGCACGAGUUCUUGCAGAAAACUAGUGAAUUUGCAGAUCUUAUUCUCUUUACAGCAGGUUUGGAAGGUUAUGCAAGACCUUUAGUUGACAGAAUAGAUGUCCAUAAUAGAUUCAAACUCCGUCUAUAUCGUCCAUCAACUGUUACUACGGAAUACAGAGAACAUGUCAAAGAUCUUUCUUGCGUGUCAAAAGAUUUCUGCAGAGUUGUCAUUGUUGACAACAACCCAUUCAGUUUCAUAUUGCAACCUUUGAAUGGAAUACCCUGUGUUCCAUUUUCAGCUGGACAACAUAAUGAUAAUCAGCUCAUGGAAGUUAUAUUUCCACUUCUGAAGCAUCUCUCUAUCCAGAGAGAUGUUAGACCAGCACUAUACGAAAGAUUUCAUAUGCCUGAAUGGUUCCAAAAACAUGGCAUCCCCCAAACUGAUCAGGCAGUGUAAAUUUUGCAGCCGCUACAUGAAAUUGUUUUGAUGAAGGCUGAAACGCCUGCCACGCCAUAAGUCCGUUCUCAGGGGAUAGCACCUGUACAUUAUUAUUUAUAUAUUCGUUUAGGUUUCCUGGAUCCUGAUAAAAAUCAAGUCAAGGUUCGUACAGAAUUGCCAUGUCUGAAGACAAAAGGAAUUGUAAUCUAGCAGAAUGUUAGAUUGGUAUUUGUGUAGUGGGGCAUUUAAACACCAGUUGUAUAUCACCUUCUGUUGUAAAAUUUCAUUGUUGAUAGUUCAGUUAGUCUAAUUGGUAUGCUGCCA